CUUCAGUUGUGAUGACGUCAGAGCCGCGCGCCGACGGUCUCAGCUCCGGCUGUAUAAUUUCUUCCUGAGUCACCGAGCCCGUUCAUCCCGCGUUUAGCCGAGCCUUCCCCCGCUUUCUCUGCGAGAUGGAGUACUUAAUUGGAAUCCAGGGUCCGGAUUUCGUCUUAGUUGCGGCUGAUAACGUGGCCGCCCACAGCAUCAUCCAGAUCAAACACGAUUAUGACAAAAUGUUCAAACUGAGCGAGAAGAUCCUGUUGCUGUGUGUCGGCGAGGCGGGUGAUACAGUACAGUUCGCAGAGUACAUUCAGAAAAACGUUCAGCUCUACAAAAUGAGGAAUGGGUAUGAGCUCAGUCCAGCUGCUGCGGCAAACUUCACCAGGAAGAACUUGGCUGACUAUCUGCGCAGCAGGACUCCGUAUCAUGUGAACCUGCUAUUGGCUGGUUAUGAUGCAACUGACGGGCCUGGACUGUAUUAUAUGGAUUAUCUCUCGGCGCUGGCCCAAGCCCCGUUUGCUGCACAUGGAUAUGGAGCCUUUCUCACUCUGUCCAUCCUGGACAGAUACUAUAGACCAGAUCUGACGCGGGAUGAGGCUGUAGAGCUCCUGAAGAAGUGUGUAGAAGAGCUCAACAAGCGCUUCAUCCUGAACUUGCGAUCUUUCACUGUUCGUUUGAUUGACAAGGAAGGCAUUCAUGACCUGGAGAAGCUUCCUCUGGUGUAGUGACUGACUGCUUUUGCUUCUCCAUAAUGUCACUCUUUUUGUACUGCAAAUCUCAGUUGUUUAUGUUCCAAUAAACCUUUGCCCCUUGUUAUGAGA